AUGAAAGCCGCUUUGCUGCUCCGUGUGCUUUCGGCCACGUCGCUCUUCGUCAACGCGAACGCAAAUUCGAUCGAUCACCAGCAGCGGGAAGAUUCACUUGGUGAUUUCAUCAAAGCUCAGCAGCAAAUUUCGCUACAAGGGAUGCUGGACAAUAUCGUCGAAGCUCCCUACCCGGAUUUACAUGGCAUGGUUGUUGCCAGUCGGUCAGAUACAGAUUACUGGUACACGUGGAUCAGGACAGCUGCAUUAACCUUCAAAGUUCUUGUCGAACGCCUAACACCGACCGAUAUCCUCUUUGUCCCGGAUCAGAUAACCGAUUAUGUGGAAUCCCAAGGGGAAUUGCAGUCGGGAGAUCUCGGAGAGCCCAAGUUCUACGUCAACGGCACUGUCUUCAAAGGUGCCUGGAAUCGUCCUCAGCAAGACGGCCCGGCGCUUCGUGCUACAGCUCUGAAUAUCUACGCUAAAUACCUGCUUGCGUACUCAGAAGGGACUAAACUGGCUCGAGUCCUUCGGGCCGAUGUUGACUUCGAUGUCUGGCCGAUCAUCGCGAAUGAUCUCGACCACACUGUUCGGUACUGGAAUCAAACAAGCUUUGAUCUAUGGGAAGAAACCAGUGGCUCAUCGUUCUUCACUCUUUCAGUAUCCCAUCGCGCUUUGGUGGAGGGUAUGGCACUCGCGAAGACAUUGGGCCGACACUGUGACGGCUGCUAUGCUGCCGCUUCACAGAUGCUGUGUUUCAUGGAAAGCUUCUGGGACGUCAAUCACAUACGCGCGAAUCUCAAUGCCCGAGACCAACGAAGCGGUAUCGACGCAAGUUCUAUUCUGUCCUCCAUUCACACGUACGAUCCAUUGGCCGGAUGCACAAACAGCACAUUCCAGCCGUGCUCUUCUAGAGCUCUAGCCAACCAUAAAACAGUGACCGACUCCUUCCGCCCUUUGUACGGCAUCAAUAGCGGCAUUGCGCAAGGUCAAGGAGUUGCCAUUGGAAGAACCGUGUUUGUUGUUGGCGAUGUCCCGGAGCUCGGCGAUGGGAAGAAUGAGCAUGCCAGGGUUUUGAAACAAGACCUUCGUGGCUUUUUGAACUCAGGGUCCUACGGAUACGCCAACUACUCUGCGCAGAUCGAAGUACCCGCGUUGACAAGGAUCAAUUACCAUUACUUUAUGUUGGCCAAAGAUCAUCCCAAGGAAGAAGAAGAGUACCAGUAUCGGCACAUCGAUACAGGCGAAUGUGGAAGCAAUGUUGACACAGUUCGCAAUGUUUUCUUUCCCGACGGCUGA